AUGGGCAUCCCCAAGUUCUACCGCUGGCUCAGCGAGCGGUACCCCUUGAUAAACCAGCCAGGGGGUGCCACGGUGGUCCCCAUCAUCGACAACCUUUACCUUGACAUGAACGGCAUCAUUCACAACUGCACGCACGGGAACAACCCGGACGUCAGACUGACAGAGGACGAAAUGAUCCUGCGCAUCUUCACGUACCUUGACAAGAUUUUCCACAUCGUCAAACCCCAGAAGCUGCUGUUCAUGGCUAUCGAUGGCGUGGCGCCCCGUGCCAAGAUGAACCAGCAGCGAUCGCGGCGAUUCAAGGCUGCCAAGGAAGCCGCCGCCGCUGCCGAGAAGGCCGAGAAGGCCGCCGCAAAGACCUCUGACGUCGCAGAGGACAGCAAGCCGCCCGUUUUUGACUCCAACUGCAUCACGCCCGGCACACCCUUCAUGGUGCGGCUGGGCGCCCACUUCCGCUUCUUUGUCCGCAAGAAGAUCGCCGAGGACGUGGCAUGGCGGCGACCCACCAUCAUCUUCUCAGGGCACGACGUCCCGGGAGAGGGAGAGCACAAGAUCAUGGAGCACAUCCGCUGGGCGAAACAGGCGCCCGGCUACCCGCCCAACACCCGGCACUGCCUCUACGGGCUGGACGCCGACCUCAUCAUGCUCUCCCUGGUCACCCACGAGCCCCACUUCUGCCUCCUGCGGGAGGUGGUGAGCUACACGGGCGGCGGCAAGGGCCAGCCCGCCAGGGAAGCCCUGGAGAACCCGGGAGAAAGCACGUUUGUCCUGCUGCAGAUCGGGCUCCUUCGCGAAUACUUUGAGCUGGAGUUUAAGCCUGCGCAGAAGAUGCCCUUCCCAUUCAGCGUCGAGCGGGUCGUGGACGACUUUGUGCUCUUCUGCAUGCUGAUCGGGAACGAUUUCCUGCCCCCCCUGCCCACCGUCGACAUAGCAGAAGGCUCCCUUGAAACCAUGUUUGACCUGUAUAAGGAGCUCCUGCCUGAGCUGGGUGGGUACCUGACCCAUGCCGGGAAGCUGCACAGGGGCAGGCUGGAGGUGUUCCUGCACAAGCUCGCCAACCUGGAGGCCAAGGUCCUGCAGGAGCGCGCACUUGAAGCACAGAGCCUCGACGACAAGAAGCGGAAGAAGGGGCCCGGCGAGACUCCCGCCUGGGCCUCGGAGCGUGUGGAGGGCCGGCGGCGGGAGGAGCGCGCCGCCGGUCCCAAUGCCCCCCCGGCCGGGGACGAAGUGCCCGAGCUCGGCCUGGGCCACGGCGGCCGUUUCGCGGCGCUGGCCUCUGGGCGUGGCCUGGAGCUGCUGGCUGCGGAAGCGCGGGACCUGUUCCUGAAGAGCGCCAGCGCGGAGGAGGCCGCGCUGGCGUGGAAGGAGCGGCUCUAUGUCACCAAGCUGGGCGUGGGCACGGACCCCGCGGCGCGGCGGGCGGUGGUGGAUGCUUACAUGCACGGCCUGCACUGGGUGCUGGAGUACUACUACCGCGGCGUGGCCUCCUGGAAUUGGUACUACCCUUACCACUACGCACCCAUGGCCUCCGAUCUGGUGGAUCUGGAGCAGGUGCGCAUCAGCUUCACCCAUGGCGAGCCGUUCCUACCCUACGAACAGCUGCUGGCGGUGCAGCCGGCAGCUUCCUGCCAGCUGCUCCCCGGCCCCUACCAGAGAUUCAUGCUGGACCCAGACUCGCCCAUCAACUUCUUCUACCCCAAAGAUUUUGUGGUGGACCUAGAGGGCAAGAAGGCGGAGUGGGAGGGCGUCGUCCUCAUCCCCUUCAUCGACGAGCAGAAGCUGCUGGCGGUUUCUCGCAGCAUCCCGCCCUCGGCGCUCACCCCUAUGGAGCAGACCUGCAACCAGCACGGGUCCAUGGUCAUCUUCAAGCAUGCGGGAGAGCUGACCGGCGAGACCUCCGACUGCAGCAGCACCCUCCCCGAAUCCUUUUCCAACGUGACGCUGUGCAAUUCCACGGUCACUCGCCAGCCCCCACUGCCCCCCUUCCCGCACGGACAACCCGGCUUCAUUCCCAAGAUCGUGCCGGGGACGAAGAUGGGCAAGCACGCGCCGAGCGGCUUUCCAACCCUCGGCACGCUCUCCGUGGCCGGCAAGAUUGAGAAUGCAAAGUGCUCGGUCUUUGGGAUGCACUCCAAGCGGCCCUCCCUCAUCCUGGCAAUCAAGGCCCCCGCCGUUGACGUGACGCCCACAGCCGAGACCCUGGCCCCUCACGUCAUUGGAAGCCGGGUCUGGAUCCGCUGGCCAUAUUUGACAGAGGGGCUCAUCUCAUGCAUCGGGGACGAGACCGGCAGGGUGCCCGCUGCGGGGGCCCCGGUGAUCGUGGACCCAGCGUGGAAGGAGAAUGUGGAGGCCCAGAGGAUCGAGUUCCUGGAGAAAAGGGGCGUGGACAUCGGGCCCAGCCCCCUGUGGGUGGAAGUGCGUCCGCUGGAGGUGCUGGUGCGCCACGCCGACGGCAGCUUCGCCAAGAGCUUCGCGGAGAAGGGGGAAAUGGUGCCGCUGCAGCUGGCACUGCGGAGCAACCCCUCCCCCGACCCCCGCUUCGACCCGGACGCGCUGCAGGCGGGCGCGGCGCUGUUCGAGCCCGGCAGCCGUGCGGUGGUCGGCAAGGGGCCCUACUACGGCUGCCUGGCGCGGGUGCUGGGCCCGGGCGCCGGAGGGGAGGUCGGGCCGGGACCGCGGCGCGCGAUGAGCGUCAGCGUCGAGCCGCCGCCCCCCACCGCCGCCAGCGCGGCCAAGACCGCGCUGGCGCUGCUGGGAGGGGGGGCGCCGCGUUACUGCCCCGCCCACCAGGCGGCCAAGCAGGUCGGCAUCAGCCCGAGCGCCCUGGGCCGGAUCGCAGGCUCGCUGUACCUUGUGAUUGGGGAGAGCAGGAGGGACCGGCUGGACGUCGGCCUCUGCGUGCGGAAUGCCAAGCUGGGCCUGUGCGUCCCGGAUGCGGUGAGGUUUGUGCCGCCCAAGCAGCCGCCGCCGCGGCCGCAGGCUGUGGGGGAAGGGCCCCCGGCGCCCGUGCCCAAAGGAUCUUGGGAGUACUCCGAGGCGCUGAUCAAGCUGCUGAAGUCGUACAAGGUCAAGGCCCCCUGGCUGUGGGCCGCCGUGGAGCAGGAUGCCAAGGCCUUUGAGCUGGACGCCUCCAGGGUCUGCCCCGGCGAGACGCCCGAGGAGCGCCUGGCCGCCGCGGAGGGCCUGCACGCCUGGCUCAAGCGCCAGCCCAUGGCCCGGCGGCCCCUGGUGUCGCAGGACGCGGCCGUCGCGCCGGAGGCGGCGCUGGGCCACCGCGUGGUCGCGCUGGGGGGCACGGGCGUGCCGCCCUUUGGCGCGCGCGGCAGCGUCACCGCCCUCCUCCCCACCGCGGUGGAGGUGGUGUUCGACGGGCCCUUCGCCGGCGGCUCGGACCUGGGCGGGCGCACGCCGCGUGCCGGCAACCUGCAGCAGCUGUUUGCCGGGCUGGCCGUCGCCGCGGCCGGGCCGUGCGCCCCGACUGCAGGCGACGCAGGCACCAGCGACGUGAUUGCCGGUCAGAGUGUCACGACUCCGGCGGCCGGGUCCCUGUGGCUCGAGGUCAUCGAAGUGUGCCUGUCCAGCGUGUUACAGGAAAACCGGGGCAUGGAGCUGAAUGUAAAAAGGGCAGGCGUGGACGUGAAUUGCUUGUAA